AUGGAUUUGGACAUCAUGGCCAGUAUUCACUCUGUCAACCACUUCUCCACUCUCCAAUCUUCUCCUCCAAUUCACUCUGAUGAUUAUCCAGUAAUCCAUUACACAGAUGUGUAUGAUGAUUACCAAUCUGAUUUCAGAUGUCCUUUUUGUGAUUUUGAUAUUCAACUUCCUGUCCCCUGCAACGAUUUCCAUGAGGACUAUUGCUCUGCUCUAAAAUAUAUGAUUUGUCCUGUGUGUGAACAAGAUUUAGGAAAUGAUGCAAUCGCACAAUUUACACAUUCAACCUCGCGAAAGUGGGGAUGGAAGUCUGAGAAAUCUAGCAACUGGUCUGGUAAUUCAGCAAUGUUUGGCAAGAAACUAGCAGGCAGGGGAAACAAACAAGAAUCAAUCGCCGAUCCACUCUUGUCACCGUUCAUCUGCAACGGACCCGUUCCUAACACUAACAGUAGCCAUCCAGGUGAAAAAUCCAGCCUCGGAAACAAGGAUAUAAACAUUGCAAAAAGGUGCUGGAGUGAUGGUGUUGAGCAGGAUCAUCGAGAACAAGGGUUGAAGGCAGCUUUUGUUCAGAGCUUGAUAUUAUCAACCAUAUUCGAGGAAACAUAA